UUUUGUUUUGCUGGUGAACAAAGCUGCAAAGAGCUGCAGGGAUCAGGAUUCGAGAAGAACCGAACCGAACCGAACCGAGAGUCGAGUGCCAUGGAAGUGUUGAAGAAGGAUGCGGCCUUGGGUUCGCCCAGCAGUGUCUUCUACUUCCUGCUGCUGCCCACGCUGAUGCUGUGGUACAUCUAUUGGCGCCUGUCCCGGGCCCAUCUCUACAGGCUGGCCGGAAGGCUGCCGGGACCCAGGGGAUUGCCCAUUGUGGGUCAUCUGUUCGAUGUGAUUGGACCGGCCUCAUCCGUUUUCAAGACAGUCAUCCGGAAAAGUGCCCCCUUUGAGCACAUAGCCAAAAUGUGGAUCGGUCCCAAGUUGGUGGUCUUCAUCUAUGAUCCUCGGGAUGUGGAACUGCUCCUGAGCAGCCACGUCUACAUUGACAAGGCGUCCGAGUACAAAUUCUUCAAGCCCUGGCUGGGUGACGGCCUCCUAAUCAGCACAGGUCAGAAGUGGCGUUCGCAUCGCAAACUGAUCGCACCUACAUUCCAUCUAAAUGUCUUGAAGAGCUUUAUUGAGCUCUUCAACGAGAACUCGAAAAAUGUGGUGCGGAAGCUGCGUGCGGAGGAUGGUCGCACUUUUGAUUGCCAUGAUUACAUGAGCGAAGCAACCGUGGAGAUUCUAUUAGAGACAGCAAUGGGAGUGUCGAAGAAAACGCAGGAUAAAUCCGGCUUCGAGUAUGCCAUGGCCGUGAUGCGAAUGUGCGAUAUCCUUCAUGCCCGCCAUCGCAGCUUCUUUUUGCGCAACGAGUUCGUCUUCACCUUGACCAGGUACUACAAGGAGCAGGGACGGCUGCUUAACAUCAUCCAUGGACUGACCACCAAGGUGAUACGGAGCAAGAAGGCAGCCUUCGAGCAGGGCACACGAGGCUCCUUGGCCCAGUGUGAGCUGAAGGCGGCGGCCUUGGAGAGGGAGCGUGAACAGCAGGAGCAGGCGGAGAGUCCUGCCAGUGAGGCCAAGAAUCCUAUCCCGACUCCAACUACAACAACAGGCACAACUACAAGCACCAGUACAGGCACACCGGUGGCAGGACUCUCUUAUGGCCAGUCAGCGGGACUCAAAGACGAUCUGGAUGUGGAGGAUAAUGAUAUUGGGGAAAAGAAGCGUCUGGCCUUUCUCGACCUAAUGCUCGAGAGUGCUCAAAAUGGUGCCCUCAUAACGGAUACGGAAAUCAAAGAGCAGGUGGACACCAUUAUGUUUGAAGGACACGAUACCACCGCAGCUGGCUCUUCGUUUUUCCUCUCAUUGAUGGGCAUACACCAGGGUAUACAGGAUCGAGUGCUUGCCGAGCUGGACACGAUUUUUGGGGACUCACAGCGACCGGCCACGUUUCAGGACACUUUGGAGAUGAAGUAUCUGGAAAGGUGUCUAAUGGAGACGCUACGCAUGUAUCCGCCCGUCCCAUUGAUUGCUCGCGAGCUGCAGGAGGAUCUUAAGCUAAAUUCGGGCAACUACGUGAUCCCCAGGGGCGCCACGGUAACGGUGGCCACUGUCCUGCUGCAUCGCAAUCCCAAGGUCUAUGCUAAUCCCAAUGUCUUUGAUCCGGACAACUUUCUGCCGGAGCGACAGGCCAAUCGUCACUAUUACGCCUUUGUGCCCUUCUCCGCGGGACCACGCAGCUGUGUGGGGCGCAAAUAUGCGAUGCUCAAGCUGAAGAUCCUUCUGUCGACCAUUUUGCGAAACUAUCGUGUCUACUCGGAUCUGAGCGAGUCGGACUUUAAGCUCCAGGCGGACAUUAUCCUGAAGCGGGAGGAGGGCUUCCGCAUCCGGCUGCAGCCGAGGACCAGAUGAACCAGGACAUCGUGGAUCAAUGGACACAGCAAAACACCGUACACAAUAAGCAACACAGAACGGACACUUAUCCAUACAUAUAUCUCUCUACUUGUUGGCAAGUGAUAGUCACCGGUUUAUACAGUAAAUAUUAAUUAUAAUAAAUAAUAAACGUGCUCCCAACACUCGAUUUAUUGAAUAGUAAUAAUAAUUAUGCUUUUUUCGCAUUUAACACGAAAAACAAUAAUAACAACAGCAAUUAUCAUCAUCUUCCUUU